UCCUCUUAAAUUGAUAGUUUGAUACCCACCUCACUCCUUAUCCUACGUCCCACUUCCUCUUAUCCUAUGCACCCCCCCACUUCUCUUUUAUUUUCUCAGAUAAUUAAUUAAUGAAUUGAACCCAUUAAUAAACAUCAUCUUCAACGUUGGAUAAUUUUGAUUGCAAGGGUAGAAGAGCAUGUCGAGUGCAACAGUUUGGAGCAAAGAAGAAGAGAAAGCCUUUGAAAAUGGCAUUGCAAUGCAUUGGGUGGAUGUGGAUGUGGAUGAGGAUUCGAAAGAGCAGCAAUGGGAGAAGAUUGCUUCGAAUGUCCCGAGCAAAAGCAUGGAGGAACUGAAGCAGCACUACGAAAUGCUGGUGGAGGAUGUGCGUGCAAUAGAGGCUGGACAAAUCCCACUCCCUAACUAUGUGGGAGAGGAGGCAACCUCUUCCAACAAAGACUCUCAUGCUUCCUCUUCUUCCGAAAAGAGAUCGAAUAAUAUUAAUUGUGGUUAUGGGAGUAGUGGGUUUUCAGGGUUGGGGCAUGGAGGAGGGAAAGCAGCAGGAUCCUCCAGGCAAGACCAAGAACGCCGAAAAGGGAUUCCAUGGACAGAAGAAGAGCAUAGGUUGUUUUUGCUUGGUCUUGACAAGUUUGGGAAGGGAGAUUGGAGAAGCAUUUCGAGAAACUAUGUAAUUUCCAGAACUCCGACGCAAGUGGCUAGCCAUGCCCAAAAGUACUUCAUUCGCCUCAACUCAAUGAAUCGAGACAGGAGGAGAUCCAGCAUCCAUGACAUUACGAGCGUGAAUAAUGGAGAUGCCACCCCUUCUCAUCAUCAUCACCACCCACCAAUUACUGGCCAACAGCCCAAUAAUAUGAACAUGUCAAGCCCAACCGCUAUAGGAACCACCGUGAAGCAUAAUAGGGCUCAGCCGCACAUGCCGCCUGGUUUAGGCAUGUACGGAACCCCGGUUGGGCAUCCGGUUGCUGCUCCUCCAGGGCAUAUGGCAUCUGCAGUCGGGACUCCUGUCAUGCUUCCUCCUGGACACCAUCCCCACCCUGCCUAUGUUGUCCCAGUUGCUUACCCAAUGCCACCUCCACCAAUGCACCAAUAACGUACAUUAAUUCCUCCUCUUUUGAAAUCAGAAUUUCAGGAUGCAUUUACUAAGAAACAAGUGGGGUUGUGAUAGGAAAAAUCAAAAACUGCGUGCAUAGGAGACUUAUUUAUGACGUUACUGUGUAUCAAAUUCUAAUCAAAUCAAGUUUUUACUUUUA